UUAUGGAAAUAAGAAACGGGAUUCUAGAAGCUUCUUUUCCCCCCUUUUUUUCUUCGUUCCUCUCAAUACACAUUUUCCUACAGGCUACAGAAUAACAAUGGCGAUUGCUCCACUUCUCCGACGUCGUUUCUUCUCUUUUCACCCAUCAUCUUCUUCUCUCAUUAAACAUCUUUACUUCACCUCUCAAAUCCCUCCUAUUUCUUCACCAUUCUCCAAAAAUACUUCCAAUUUCCCUCCAUUUCCCUCCCCAAAUCUUAUUACAAGAUCAUUCACAUCCUCUAUUCAAACCCCACUUCUCCCAAACCCAACGCCACGGUCAAUUUCAUCCCAUCAAACUCCUUUUGAUUACGAAUCCGACUCCGAACCCGAUUCCGAAUCUAAACCUACCGAACAUAACAACAAUGACCUUCCACCCCCUUAUGACCCAUUCAACAAAAAACGCAAAGAUCCCAAAAAUCUGCAGGAAGUGUUCCGUAAGAUGAGAACAGAGGGACUUAUGAACAAUGCAGUCAAGAUGUUCGACGAAAUGUCUAAAGAUGGAUUAACACAUGAAGCAUUGGAAAUGUUUAGGGAGAUUAAAGAUAAGGGUAAAUUGCCUGAUGUAGUAGGUUUCACUGCUGUAAUUGAAGCUUAUGCUAAUGCUGGGAAAUGUAAGGAUGCUCAUAAGGUGUAUUUGAAGAUGUUGGCAUCUGGGGUUCUUCCUAAUGCUUAUACUUAUAGUGUGUUAGUUAAAUCACUUGCUGGAGGUGGGAUGUUGCUGGAGGUUAAGAAGUAUGUUUUGGAGAUGUUGGAGAAGGGAAUGAGGCCCAAUGCUGGGACUUGUGUGGCGGUUUUCGAGGCGUUUGUGAGGGAGAAGGAGGAGGAAGAAGGUAGGGAGUUGUUGAAGGAGAUGAAAGGGAGAGGAUUUAUAGGAGAUGAAAAGAGUGUUAGGGAGGUUCUUAAGGGAAAAAGAGGACCUUUUGUUAGGUAUGUAAUGGAUACUCUUUUUGCAAAAUGAUUGAUUUAGUAAUGAUAUGGGUGUUGUUUUCU